CAGAAACGAAGUAAAAAUAUGCAGCAAACCAGUGCGGCGAUUCUUUUUGCUUCUAUUUUCGCGUUCCAGCUUGUUGCGUCCAGUGGGAAAUGAUUGAGUGAGAAAGAAUGUACCGGAUCAAAGUGCACCUGGCGCCGGACGCGUCCGACUUCCGGACGACAAUCGUGCAGGGCGGCGGCAAACCUGAGUUGGUGCAGCGCCGUGUGUCCGGCGUGCCCUGCCAGCCGGCGCCGCCCUCGGUCAGCGUGCUGCACUACGCGGCGCCGCCCAAGUGUCGGCGCCCGCUCUCGUUGCCCCCGAGCAACAUCAACGUCCUCCACGACGCCACCAACAUCAACAACAACGGCCAGUUCAAGAAGCCGGCGGUGCCGCCGCCGGUGCUGCCCAAGCCCUUCAGGUCGUCCACCCUCGCCUGCAGACUCGGAAACAGGAACACCAGGAACAACCUCACUAAGGAAUUGGACCUUGAGCAGAAAAUCGAGUUGGAAAUCAAGAUGCGCGAGGGGUCGGCCAAACUGCUGGCGGCCAGCAAGCAGCAGGCGCAGAGUUUGGAGGCGGCCAGGUCGCUGCUCACCAGCAACGAACGCAUGAGCGCCUACAUGGCCGAACUGCAGCGCAGAAAGAGGGACCCCCAGCUCAGAAAUUUGCAGAGCCGGGCGCGCGUGUCCCUGUCGGAGCUGCGGAUGCCGCUGAUGUGGCGCGGCGUGGACCACUUCAAGAACAAGGGCGACUACCGCCGCUUUGCAGUCUUCUGCCUUGCCAGGGUGGGCACCGAGAUCUUUGACACGGCCCUCGUCAGCCCUGUCGACAGGUCAAUGACCGACAUCACCUUCUCCGACUCACUUGUCUUCAACAACGUUCCGGCCGACUUCACUUUUCGGCUCGAGGUUUACAGCCACCUGCUGGCUGAGGACCUGAGCAUGGCGUCGACGCCCCGCAAACUGCAGCGCACCCUCCACUCGUCCAUCAGCAGGACAGUGGGCAAGAAACUCGCAGCCUCACUCAAGGAUGAGCUACAUGGAAAAUUGGGUCCCCAAUUUCACCUUGUUGCUUCAGCCAAGCUGAAUCUUGCUGACAUAGAUGACGGUGUUAGGACACAUGACCUUGAGAUUGAAACGCUAGACAAUAGGAUGCAAGAGUUGCCUCUAUUUGGGCACUUUUGCUGCCGCCUGGCCGCUCAACCUGACUGCAUGACCAAAGAGCUGAUCUGCGGAGAGGCCACUCUCAGACAGGGCAGCAAGGCCGCCUUCUGCCCGGUCUUCCUCUCCCUCAAGGCCUUUCGACUCUCUGUCUGGCCCUCGAGAGAGCUGAGGACAGAAAACGAGCCUACAGCUUCCCUCUGUGUUGACAAGGAGGCAAGCAUACAGGUGGGAGACAACAGGCAGGUGCACAUAGUGAGAUUAGAAGAGGGCAGGGAGGUCACGUGGACCAUCCAGGCCAAGACGGCUGAAGAGCAGCAGCAGUGGCUCGGACACCUCAUGAGAAGUGCUCAAGACCAUGCCAGAUGGAGAAAAGCAUCAGAAAGACUGAUGGACAUUCCAAGUCCAGGUUCGUCCCGCCAGUCCUUCAUGUCCACCUGCAGCCGCCAGGGCUCUCUUUAUGACCAAACUCCCCUCAUUGAAAACGUGUGCUCCGAGUCUCAGCAGGGUGUGCAGAACGGCAGCAACCGACGGACAGUGCAAGAGAUCUUCGGCCUCACCCCCGCCACCAGUCUGAGUUCGUGCGCCUCCUCGAGCGCCUCCUCCUCCCCUCCCACCUCCUUCAGGGACCGCACCUCCAGCGGCUCCGGCUCUGGCUUCCGAGCCACCCUCAGAGGUCACUGGCCCUUCAAGAGCAGCAACUGACACAGCUCAACUAUCAUUGUCUCAAAUUCCAGCAAGAUAUUUUUUACAGUCCAAAGAGUGAAUGUGUUUAUUUUUCUCUCUCGAGAGUGAUUUUCAUUUUUCGAAGUCAAACCACGAGACAAUAAAUUAUUUUCUCAAACCAUUCCAUUCAGAGGUGAAUAAAACAGAUAAAUGCUAAUUAUGUAAAAAUGUAUAUUGUUUUGAAUGAAAUAAAAGUGUAAGAAAAAACAGAAUGACAAU